GUCACAGUGGGCAUACGACAAGAAGAUCCAUCAAGGAUAUGGGAGUGUUGCUGCCCCAUUACGCCUGAUGAAGUUGCACAACUUGUUCAGCACCUCGAUGUCAACGUUCUCAUUCAGGACUGCGACUGUCGAGUGUUUCCCAUUGACCAAUUUAUCAAGGCUGGCGCUAAAUUAUACCUGAUGCUGGAUCCGGUACAUAUUGUGCUAGGAAUCAAGGAGACACCACUCAAUGAGCUGGUCACAUCUCCUGUUUCUGCGCCAGGUUUGUGUUCAGGUCCUUCCACACCCCGCACCCAUCUAAUGUUUUCUCAUACCAUGAAGGGUCAGCCCUACAAUAUGGAAUUGCUUGCCCGCUUCCUUGGUUCACAU